UCCCAGUCGAGCCCAUUUAGCUAACGUGCAUUCCGGAAGUAGAGCGACAACUCACGUGCAGCGUUGCAUAGAGCAAUGAAAAACAGAAAAAAGAACAAUAAUGUCUCCAACAAUGCCAAAUUUAAACCUGGAUCCAAAAAGAGAGAAAACAAAUGCGUCGUCAUGUUUGACGACAAAGAGAGACAGGAGUAUCUCACUGGUUUCCAUAAGAGGAAAGUUGAACGGAGGAAAGUGGCAAUAGCAGAAAUCCGCAAAAAGAUCAAGGAUGAGCAGAACAGAGUUCGGGAAGAGAGGCAUAAAGAAUACAUGAAAUUGCUAAAGGAGCGCCAAGAAGCGCUCGAUGAAAGUGAGGACAAUCUGGAGGACGUCAUCACCAGUACGACGGAGUCCGUUCAGGUGGAUCACCCAAAUCACACGGUCACCGUGACGACCAUCAGCGAUCUGGACCUCACCUCCAAUCAUCUACUUGAACGAGUAACGAAUAAGGUGAGCAGGGAGACUGAAGAGGAGGAAAACAGCGAGGAUAAGGAGAUGACGACAAUGCCCAGAAAAGCUGGAGAUCCGAUCAUAAACAAAAAGAUCCGCUCGCUAACGGCGUCGCUCGGCGCUUACACCAGCAAAGGGAAGAAGAAGAGGAAAGGGAAGCAGGAAGGCCGAGGAGGACGAGGCCGGCAAACGGACAAGAAGGCCGUAGUUGGCGAGAGUAAAAUCAGCGCCAGGAAGACCAGCAAGUCGCAGAGACGGCGAAUGACGGGGAAGAAGCAGCAUCAGGAAGACUGAAGGAUGACCUUUUGUGGAACGUUUAAGCUAUUUUGGGACGGACCACAUUCGGAGCAUCCAGUACGGAAUUUGGACCGCGGUUCCGCACCGUCGGGGACGUAGUGAUUGGACACUGAGGUGUUUGUGUAGGGUCCAUCACCGCUUCAAUAAUUGUGAUUAUGUAGUGUUUUU